AUGGUACUUGCACCAUCCGAGAGCUCCUCCAUCUUCCCUCCGGAUGACGAUGGUGUCCCUUACUAUUUUAAGCUUGAUGGUGAUUAUGAUAACUUCGCUGCUUAUGAAGCAGCAGGAAAGCAGCGUCGACUUUGGAUCGCAAAUGAACCUAACCAGCCUCCAUGCUUCGUCAACCCAUCUACACAUACUAUUCAGAGCCUUGCGAAUGCAGGCUAUAAUUUUUUCGUAACAAUUGAAGACCCCCCAGUGGAAUACUUUGGCAACCAGUUCGAGGAACUGCAAAUCCCUCUAAACCACACCGCUAAUGCUCCGCUUUUUAGCCGUGCUGGUAUCCAUGGCCCAUCCGUCGGAACGAUGGUACAUGUUGGACCAGGGGUCCUUGUCAUAAGCCUUUUAAACCGCGAUGGCGUGUACUCCACUGAGGCGAAACCGAUUCCCCAUACUUCCUCUCUUAUGCAAGCCUCGUAUCAGAAUUUUCAUCAUAUAGAUACUCUUCGACACGUUUUUCUCUGGGCAGUUACCAACCAAGACACCUUCGCCUUUCUCCACCGAUUCCUAUAUACUGCAGAACACGGCCUGCGGUGGCCUUCUGAAGAGCCAAGAAGUUUUGAGUAUGGCUCACCUGAGUUUGAUGGCCUUCUAGGCACUCGCCUCGGCAAAUUGAUUUGUUAUCUGGUUCUGGAGGCUUGGCCACGAGGCACUCGACGCAUCACUCGAGUUGUUACCUAUAGUGGCCCUACAGGCUCAGAAGGCUUUAUGCGAUUUGACAUUGAGCCUGUUGUCUAA